AUCAUUAAAUGGAUAUAAAAUCAGACCAGACCAGAGAACAUAAAUCAAUGCCCUUCUGUGUGCAAUGAUCAAUAUGAAUAUAAAAAGCAAAUGCUGGGGACAUUUUCACUCAGGUUAAAAGAAGAUACGAGAUAAGGUGGUCUUUUUUUUUUCGUACGCUUUUCACUAAGUCUUCUGUUAACCUACAUUUAUGCAAUUCUGUUUUAAACAUACCUUAUAAUUUGGACAGAUCCCUGGCGAAUUUUUGCAUUACCAAGACCAUGAACCUGCAUUCAACUCAGAGUGAGUAUCUCUGCCACCCAGAUGAUUUAAACUGCACAGCUGUGUUUAAGGAGUCCCUGAGUGCUGAAAACUACAAGAUGCAGCAUGUACCAUCCCACUGGCCGACCCCCAUUCAGCACAAUGAGAUCGCACACAUUUUUCCUACCGUGGACGUCCCGGAUCAUGCUCACUACAUUCUCGGAUCGUUCAUCCUUAUAGUGGGGAUCACGGGUGUGAUAGGAAAUGCUCUGGUUAUCUAUGUGUUCUGCCGCAGCCGCCCACUGCGCACACCAGGAAACAUGCUGGUGGUCAACCUGGCCGUGUCGGAUUUCUUCAUGUCGCUCACACAGUCACCUGUGUUCUUUGUGGCCAGCCUGCACCGGCGUUGGGUGUUCGGUGAGCGUGUGUGCGAGCUGUAUGCCUUCUGUGGUGGCCUCUUUGGGAUCUGCUCAAUGAUGACUUUAACUGCGAUAGCUUUUGACCGCUGCCUCGCCAUAACCCGGCCUCUUGCUUUGCUAGGUGAGGUGAGUCAAAGCCGGACUAGUACAGUACUCGCACUGCUAUGGCUCUAUUCUCUGGGUUGGAGUCUGCCUCCUUUCUUUGGCUGGAGUGCGUACGUCCCAGAGGGUCUUCAGACGUCCUGCUCUUGGGACUACAUGUCAUUCACGCCAUCGGUGCGCACCUACACCAUUCUUUUGUUCAUAUUUGUCUUCUUCAUCCCUUUGAGCAUCAUUGCUGCCUGUUACUUUGCCAUCUUUCAAGCCAUUCGAAAAACCCGCAAAGAGGUAAGACAGCUUGGCUCUGGUGAAACACAUAAGAUGCUCGAAUGCAUUAAGACUGAAUGGAAAAUGGCUAAAGUGGCCCUCUUGGUUAUCUUACUAUUUAUCAUUUCCUGGUCGCCUUACUCGGUGGUGGCUCUUACUGCCACAGCUGGUUAUGCCCAUGUCCUGACUCCUUAUAUGAACUCCAUCCCUGCUGUGAUCGCCAAAUCCUCUGCCAUCCACAACCCUAUAAUCUAUGCUAUUAUACACCCUAAAUACAGACUAGCCAUUGUACGCUAUGUGCCUCUUCUUCGCCUUAUUCUGUGUGUUGGAAUGAAUAAGCGCUCAUCCUCCAUCUCCACCAGUGGCACCUCUUCUCAACAGACAGCCCUAACCAGCCAGCAUGCCCUAGGUGUCCGGAUUGGCAAUGCCACACGUGCUAACUGCCGCUGGGGAAAGACACGGCUGUCCUCUGCUUCAGACACGGAAUCUUGUUGGACAGACAGUGAGGCUGAUGGCUCCAGUGCCAACUCGCUGCCUUUUGCAAGGCGCGUGUCUACAGAGAUCUCUUUAGACACUGCCAUCCCUCCAGAGCCUGCUGGCAUGAGCACAGGAAUUGUGCAGAAAAUGGUGAAGGUUGACAGAGUUAACAGUAUGCCUGUGCCCUCUAUUAUUCUGGAAGCAGACGGAGGAGUGCUUUGUGACGGGAAAUCUUUUCUCCUAUCAAGUAACUGACAAAGGAUUGCCACUGCAAAGAUUCGGGGGAUGUUCUCCAAAAAAAUGCUUCUCUGUAUAAACUGCAUGGUGUAGUAUUAUAUUGUAUUAGUCUGACUAAAACUACAAUGUUCUUUACAAUUCUUUCCAGAAGCAUUUACUGAUAUAACUGUCCUGUAUAGAUCAGCAUUGUCAUUACAUAUUUUUAAACCUAAAUAAAACAAUUGAGUUAUCAGAUUUGCUUCUUGUUUUUAU